UUGGAAUCUGAGACGUGACGUCAUCCAUGGGCAAAAGUAAACAGAAAGGAAGCGGAACCGGAAAGAGAGAUUCCGCCGUGUUCAAAGUAGCCGGUGUCCGGAAACCCAAGAUCAAAUCCGUCAACACCAAUCUUAAAAAGCUGAAUUUCAAAAAUAAACAGAAAACUGAAGAAUCCAACAAAGUCUUCAACUCUGUGCAAAGAGCCAUCACUGAGACCACAAAACCUGUGAAACAAGCGCCAAAGAAACAGUCAUCCACUGCCAGUAAACCGUUACCAGACAUGGAGGAAACGGCAAAACAGUUUGCUCAGCUCUAACGGUACAAAGAGAGAUAACUCUGACUCGUCCACUGAACUCGAGGAAAAGAAACACAGAACUUUUUUUUUUUUUUUUACCACGGAAUGUAAUAAAUAAAUGCUCCUGGCAGACAAUACAAAUGACUAAAAUUACAUUCAUCUAUAAUAUAAACAAGAAACAUGACAAUUUUAAUGUACAUAUCAUCAAGAUAUUAUAGUACAUUGUAUAUACAUUCUCUAAAGGAAUUAAAGUGAAAAAAUCUUUGGUGUAUUUUUUUUCAACAAUGAAAACAAAAUCUUGUAGAUCUGCUAAUAUUAUGCACCUUGUACUUUAUGAAAUCCAAAAUAAAAUCUUGUCAUCAACCUGAUUGAUAUAUGGCAUUUAUUGUGUUUAACAUACAAAAAAAAUUA